AUGAAGUCGCAGCGGCUGCUGUGGCUGCUCGCGGCGUCCUGCGCUUCGUGCGUGGCUCCAGCCGCCGCCACCUGCUCCAGCUGCGACAUACCCGACGCUGCCCAGGAGCGGUACGCCGCCCUCAAAGCCAAUGGCUCGACGGUGGACGCCACGUGCGAGACGGCGUUGAAGCGGACCCAGUGCCUUGCAGUCUUCAACGCGUGCGAGAUGGGGACCCCCGAGACAUUAUGCCUCGACAGCUGCACGGAGGAGCUUGAGACCAAUUGCGUCUCCCAAUUGUCGACUUCGGAGCUCUCGGCCCUGCAGGUCGACGCCUGUGGCAGCGAGAACCAGCCUGUGACUGGAGUUAGUGACGAGGGCAAGUGCUUCGACACGGACUACGACGGCCCCAACAAGGCCAUCUGGGUCAUCGGCUUCACCAUCGCAGUGGUCUUCUCCUUCCUGGCCAGUGUGGGCAUCAACCUGCAGAAGAAGGCGCUCAAGCAGAACGAGCUCGGACCGGAGCCCAAACCGGCCUAUCAACUGCCGCUGUGGACGCUGGGCUUCGUGCUGUGUGCGGUGGGGUCGGUGCUGGACUUCGUGGCGUUCGGUCUGGCGCCGCAGAGUCUGUUGGCCCCGUUGGCGGCGCUGACGCUCGUGUGGAACAUGAUGCUCGCGCCCUGCUUCAACAAGGAGAAGCUCACCAAGAAGGACAUCGUCUCGACGCUGAUUAUAUUCGUGGGGGCUACGAUCGCGGUCGUUUUCGCGUCGCACACGUCUCCAUCGUACAAUCUGGACAUGCUCAUGCAGCUCUACAGGGACCCGCUCACGAUCGUCUACUUCUGCGUUGUGGUUCUGACGAUUGUCGCCCACUUCUCUGCGAUCAAGGUCGUCGAUACCUUCUGCUUGAUGAGCAAACGGCAUCGCAUUAUUCAGGUGGGGACGCCUGGGAUGUGGUCGACUAUUCGUCUCGUAGGGUAUGCUGGGCUGGCGGGAACUCUGGGGGGCCAGUCGGUUCUCUUUGCCAAGUCGACGGCCGAGCUGUUCAAAGGGGUGUUUAACGGAGAUGCGAGCUGCUUCGCGCACUACCAGACUUACCUCAUCGCGUUCGCACUCGUGGUGUGUCUGUGUCUUCAGAUCAAGUACCUGAAUGGCGGACUGGUUCACUAUGACGCACUCUCGAUGGUGCCCGUGUACCAGGCGUACUGGGUCAUUAGUGGUGUGCUGGGUGGCGUCAUCUACUUCCAGGAGAUCCGCACCUUCUCAGUCUUGCAAGCGGUCAUGUUCGUGCUGGGAAUCGGUGUCAGCAUCUUUGGCGUCGUUCUCCUGUCGCGUCGCAAGCACGCGCCAGCGACUACAGCCACCAAGGGCAAGAUCGAGCGCGGUUUCAGCUUCACGUCGCCGUCGGAGUCGUCCAAGUUGGAGCCCCCGAAGAGCUCCGAUUCGCGCCUGACGCGCGUUCCAGAAGGCCUCGCCACCCAUGAAGUCGUUGUCGAGCAGGAAGAGACGAGCCGCAGUGAUAUCCCUCGGGAGUUUCUAUCAUCGAUUCUGGAAGCCCUCAACGAAGAAAGCACAACGGAAGAAUCGGACGCGGAGGACAGCAGCCACGACCGGCGCAGUGAAACUGAAGCUUCGGAGCAUGUUAAUCGCCAGGCAAUCGACAAUUACUUGGACAUGUCCACGACUGUGGGCAUCUCGGAGAUCCUUGGCGGUCUUGGCUUCCAGAGUGCGCGAGAGAGUGUGCUGCUCGGACGACGCAUGUCAAGCCGUGUCUCUCGACGACGCUCGCGCCGCAGUAUGGAUGACAUUGAGGUGGGUUUGCCAGCAGCCACCCGAGAAGCCAACCCCAAGAAGCCACUACACAAGCGUCGGUCCAUUACAUUCUCAAGCUUCAGGUCUGCAUCUAGCAACGACAAGGACAACAACAAGAAAGAUGAAGAUACGCCGCCGAAGGACAUGGUUUAA